AUGAGUAAAAUUCACGAAAAAGUUUUAAGUAAGCAUAAGAGUGAAGCAGAAAGACAAGUUGCAGCAAGUCGUCAUAGGGAACCAGAAGCAAGUAUUAUAUAUAAUACAAAACAUACUUCAAAAUUAAAUGUUCUAAAAUCUAUUGCUGAUGCUAUGAUUGUUGGUGACGAAAGUAAUCAAAAUGAUCCAAAUUUUAAAGCGAUGAAACGUGAUAGUUUUUGGGUAACUCAGUUGCAUUUUAUAGUGUUUAAAAUAUUAUUGAUUUCAGUAUAUUUUGUGUUUGGUAUCUUUAGAUACUUCCAAUAUCAAUAUAAUAAGAUGAGAUUGAGAGUUUUGAACAUUAUCUACAAUCCCACAAGCACACCUCAAUUGAUUAGACAAGAUGUUUUAAAACUGUCAAAAGUACCAAAAAGAUUAGCUGCUAUAUUAGAUAUGAAACCAAUCGGAGAAGUUGGUGGAGGUGUAAAAGGUAUUGUUAACGAUGCAAGUGAAAUUGUAUGUUGGACAGUAUCUGCUGGCAUUAAGCAUUUGAUGUUAUAUGAUUUUGACGGUGUUUUAAAGACAAAUGUUCAAUCUCUAAGAGGUGAAAUUGCAGAGAAAUUAUCAUUGUAUUUUGGUCCAACAGAUACACCAAAUUUUGCCAUAAGAAUUCCACAUUUGAACAAAGUUUAUUACAAUGGAGCUGAUGAUGAAAAUUAUAAUGCGAAAAGUGAAAAAGUUAUAAUUGAAAUUUCACUGCUAUCAAACAGAGAUGGUAGAGAAACCAUUGUUGAUUUAACAAGAACUAUGAGUGAAUUGUGUUUAUCUCACGAUUUGGAAUUGUCUGAUAUUACAAUGAAAUUAAUCGAUACAGAAUUAACUCAAUUAGUUGGUCAUGAACCUGAUUUAUUACUAUAUUUCGGUCCGGCUUUAGAUCUACAAGGUUUCCCACCAUGGCAUAUACGUUUAACUGAAUUCCAUUGGGAAGCUGAUAAUGAUCAAGUAUCUUAUUUGGUUUUCAUUAGAGGUUUGCAAAAAUAUUCUACAUGUAAAAUUAAUGUCGGAAAAUGA